UGCCUUUCUAACAUACUGUGCCAGAGAGUCAGCACUGAAGGCCCAGAGCGCCCUCCAUGAACAGAAGACUCUGCCAGGGAUGAACCGGCCCAUCCAGGUGAAGCCAGCCGACAGCGAAGGACGAGGAGACAGGAAGCUGUUUGUGGGAAUGCUCGGCAAGCAGCAGAGCGAGGAUGACGUCCGGCGGCUGUUCGAGACCUUCGGCCAGAUCGAGGAGUGCACCGUCCUGCGAGGGCCUGAUGGGGCCAGUAAGGGCUGCGCCUUUGUCAAGUUCUCCAGCCACGCAGAAGCGCAGGCCGCCAUAAACAGCUUGCAUGGUGGACAGACUAUGCCUGGUGCCUCGUCCAGUCUGGUGGUCAAAUUCGCAGACACUGAUAAGGAGAGGACCCUGCGCAGGAUGCACCAGAUGGCGGGCCAGCUCGGCAUCUUCAGUCCCAUGACCAUCCAGUUUGGGGCCUAUGGCGCCUACUCUCAUGCUGUAAGUCUCAGCCCGGCGGGGGAGGAGACGCAGAUGAUGCAACAGCAAGCAGCCCUGAUGGCAGCAACACAAGGGUCCUACCUGAACCCCAUGGCAGCCAUCGCUGCCGCGCAAAUGCAGCAAAUGGCAGCUUUCAAUGUCAACAGCCUGGUGGCUACUCCCAUGACACCGUCCUCAGGCACCAGCACACCCCCGGGCAUCUCUGCCACAGCCGUGCCCAGCAUAGCCACCCCUAUCGGGGUCAACGGAUUCAGUGCCCUCCCGCCUCAAAGCAACGGGCAGCCCACCUCUGAGCCCAUCUACACCAAUGGUAUUCACCCUUACCCAGCACAGAGUCCAACGGUGACCGACCCUCUCCAACAGGCUUAUGCUGGCGUCCAACACUACGCAGCAGCCUACCCUGCCGCCUAUGCGCCAAUCAGCCAAGCGUUCCCCCAGCAACCAACCAUCAUUCCCCAGCAACAGAGGGAAGGGCCAGAAGGUUGCAACCUGUUUAUUUAUCACCUGCCCCAGGAGUUCGGAGAUGCGGAGCUCAUGCAAAUGUUCCUGCCUUUUGGCAACGUCAUCUCCGCCAAAGUCUUUGUGGACCGGGCGACCAAUCAGAGCAAAUGUUUUGGCUUUGUGAGUUUUGAUAACCCGUCCAGUGCUCAAGCCGCUAUCCAGGCCAUGAACGGCUUUCAGAUAGGCAUGAAGAGGCUGAAGGUGCAGCUAAAGCGGCCAAAGGAUGCCAACCGACCUUACUGACUCGUCUGCUGUCCAUACCCAGGAUGAAGGGCCACAACACCUUAUUUCCACAAGUGCAGUAAAAGUACAAAGACUUCUUGCUCUGCUACAUAUCAUGAAGGAAGGGUGGUCCCUUGAUCCUGCUGGAAACCUGCUGAAAAGAUUGGGUGACUGAGAGCGGAAUCCCAGAGUUGUUUUCUUUUUUUGUUUGUUUGUUUGUUUUCCUUCUUCGCAAAUGCCUCUUUUUUCCCUGUUUUGCUUUGGCAUCUGUGGGAGAAAAUUUUUUGCAGAGACCAACUUUUUGCUGCUGUUUUUUAGACAUGAUGGGGGAAAAAAACCUUUAUAGACUCAUUAUGCUCAAAGCAUGCAUACUGACACAGGAUAUGGAUAAACACACAUAAACACAGAUAACAAACCAAACAUACACAUUUAAAGAUGCUACACUGAAAAAAAUCUAAAACGAAAAAAAAAAAAAAAAUCUACUUUGUACAUGUAUAAAUACGUGCAAAUGCCAACUCAAGUACUGACGCAAACACACGUGUGUGCACGCACACACACACACAUACACACAUACACACAAACACACACACCAGCCUGCUGCCAUUUUGGUUUUUGUGCCUACACAGGUGUUGUGCUCUGUGACAGGGCAAGCUCUGGAUCAAAGAAGAAAACGAGAAGAAGAUGAAGAAGAGGACGAAGAAGAAGAAGAGGCGAGAAGAGGAGAAUCCAGGAUAAUUUACAUGCAUCAUUCCUUAGGAAAUAGGGACCAAAGGACUAAACGCUUUUUAAAAGAAUAUAAAUAUAUAAAUAUAUAAAUAUAUAUUUAAAAACUCAUACCUUGUAGCUGCAAGUAUUACAAUUUACUCGUAGUCAAAAAAAUCAUUAAAUCAAUAUCCAGUGGCCUAUUGUAAGUACAAAUAAAAGAAAAUGGAAAUAAUGUAUAAAAAAAGACAUGGAAUCGUAGUAUAGGGGCUGAUCUUUUGCUCUGGAUGCUGAUUUAGCACCAGGUUGUAGAAUAGUAAAGUAGAUUAGAAAAAAAAAAGUAGAUUUGCUAACUUUUGCUGUUGUUUAAAAAAAUACUUGAAGUCGUAAAGAAAAGGGGGCAAAAGGGGGGAGACGAGGAAAACAUUCAUCUGCCCCUGUACGCAACGAUUCUGUUUUUUCUUGGAUGUUAAGGUAUCAGCCACUGGAUAUCUCGCUCAUCAUGAUGUAUAAGUCACCGCACUCUCUGACAGCUAUGAACAGACUGUUCUGGAAGAAAAAAAAAGAAUGACAAGAGAGAAAAAAAAAGACAGAACUUAAAAUGUCUGUGCUGGACAGGGUGCAGACGUUUAAGGCUUCUCACUGGCCUUUAUGUUCAAGCGACAAUCCACUGUAAAGACCAAGCAAAAUGGACAUGGGGUGUCUUUUGUUUGUUUGUUUUUUUCUUUCUUUCUUUUUUUUCUUGACCUUUUGUAUUGCAACAAGGAGUGUGAAUUAUGAAGCCACAAAUUGUUAAAGGGUGACGGUUCUACUAUAAGAGAGAUGGACAAAUGGAUGGUCAUGAGGGCAACAGCGAGGGAGGAGUGAGGUGACAGCUACUGAAACUGCCAGCAGAAUGAACUCAUACAAAUGAAAUGGCCCUUAUGGCGUUAUGGAAUUCUGUCAAAAAACAAAGUACGCCUGCUGUAAACAAACAGGACUUAUGUGAGUGACAUGCCAAGGAUAUGUGUGUCCACUGGAGCUGCUGCAAAACUCCAGAUUGAGAAAAAUUGCCUCUUGUCUCUUGGCAGGUACAAAGACACAUUUCUCUGAAGACAAACCUGAUUUACUGUAUUGAUGGCAAAGGAGUGCAGGCUUUUAGAGCUCAUUUAGCUCUGUCAAAUAUAAUGUAAAUUCCACUAUUAACAUGUUCCCUGACCUGCUUUCUUCAUAUAUUAUACAUAGAGCCUAUGGGGCGGGGGGGUACUGCUUAAACAGACUAUAUCUAAAUUAGAUCCAACAGUCAAUCUUAACCAUCACUCAGCUCGCUUGUAGCCUCUCUGACACCGACGCCAGGCAGGACAGAGUAAAGCACUCCAGUACCGUCAGGUCUUGAUUUAGAGCCCUGUAGCCUUUAUUUUGACUGUUUUAGAGCUCUGGAUGUGGGCUCUUCUCUAAAAGCAGAUCAAUAUGUUUGGAAUGAGUCUAGAGGGAGGAGCGAUGCUGUUUCAGUCACUCUGAACACUUUCCCAAUUUUCUCUGUCGAACACCAGCUCACAUCCGUACACCAGCCCUUUGAGCCCUGGCAGCUGGUGGUAAGAGGCAUGGCUAGGCGAGGAGGAGAGAGGGAGGUGAAGAGAGGAAGUCAACAACCAAACAUGACAUCGAGAUCCUUUAAACGGAUGCCCAGCGACUUAAUCCAGAAAAUUAGAAGCUGUAAUCAAGCUCCUGGUGACAAACACUGUAUCGGUGCUACAUGCUCUCAAAGAACAGGAUUAAAGGGUUCAAACAGGACUGGAGUCUGGUACCUUAGGCUCCGGUCCAACCAGUUCCUGUUUACUACUGAGACUCUCCUCCUUGCUGUUCCCUCCCUCUUUCUCCAGCUUUCUAUUCCAAAUCCAUUCAAAAUCACUGAAGGAGGGACUGCCAGCAGAUCCCAGAAUCUUCAAUGUAUUACUUUGUCAUUUAAAUAAGCAGAAGGUCUUGAUUUGAUAACAGCGUGCCAUGUACCCCCCUAGCCCCCCCUCCUGUCCUAAGAGCAGCCAUGCCCUUCCAAACCUCAGCCCAACUGUUCAGCAGCUCUCCCCUUGGAACAGCAUUUUCGAACCUGGCUAAUGUCUGCGCUCACUACCCUUCAAUUAUCUCCUGCACCGUAUUAGACAUGCUAUUUCACCUUUCCCUCUAAUCACACUGUAAUCACCAGCCUCUAUACAUUAGCAGCAACCAAGUGAAAAAUCACCGGGAUAAUCACUUGGACCAAAUGACGGGAGAGAUGGUCCCCUGCAUGCACAUGGAUGACAGAAGGAAGAUUAGAGAGAAUUAUGUUUGUGCCUACUCCCUGGCAAGGCUGCUGACAGCUGACCUGGCACCAAUAAUACCGUCAAAUUUACCCGAAGAGGCGAUGGAGGAUGUGGAAUAAAACCUUCCAUAUCAUAGCAAGCUGUUAAUAUUGCAAAGUAGACUGACAUUUUAGGCAAAACCUAAAAGAGAAAGGUGGAUAAUAAAAUGUAUGAAAUCAUUUUCUUUUGCCUUCAGCACAAGCGUUGCAACAAAAGUUGCCUAAAACUGGGUCGAACCCAACAAUUUUUGCUGGAAAUCCUCAAUUCUGUAGAAGCAGCUGCACUGAGGCCUGUGUCAUUGUGCUUUUUCUUUCAAAAUGUAAUUGUGUCUCAACCAUCUCUUCAGAUGCCGCAAUUUUUUACAAAAUAACUUGCUCCACACUUUCUUUUUCCUGCUUGUAUCCCUGCUGGGACACCUGCAAAGCACAGUAUUGUUCAACACUGAAAGAAUAUUUGUGAAGCACAGUAGUUCAGAUUCAAAAUGAUGCCCAUCAAAACGACAGCUUUUUGAAAUAAAUUGCUUUCAAAUAAAAGUAGGGUAAAAACCCAGUUAUCCUCAGCCCUUGAUCGGACAUAAAGUGGAAAUGCAGGAAGCUAUGAAUUGUAGUGAAGUGAAGUAGGUCAAAACAAAGCCAUGUUCUGCAAACCGUUUGUGCUCAUUAUUCAUGUGAAGCUGAACUUAUCGAUGGGAAAUCUAAUGUUCCAUGAACAAUGAAAUUUCCUGUGCUUGUCUCGGCCAUCUUUAGAAUACGUUCUGCGAGUGAGGCUCUGUCGGACUGAACAUAAACCUUGUCUUAUGUCAGCUGCUGUACUAGUUCCCACAGCUAAUGGCAGGUUGAGUCCCUAGUGAGCCAAAACCCAGCCUAGCCUAGUAUCCUGCUGUCUGCUUGGCUAACGGUGCAGUGUUCAUGUAGCAUCUCUGCUAUGCCAGGGCUAAAUUAGGCAAUGUGAAAUCAGCACUUCAACACUUUUAACAAGGGUGCUGUUAUUACUUUUACACCCCGGGGGAGGUUGUUACUGAAGUGACGUGCAUUAAAAACAGAAAUAGCUAUGAAACAUGCUCCGGAACUACUGAAACAAGAAAAGAUUGCUUUCAGAUCUUUCCAUUUCCCCAUUUAUUGACAAGAGCCUUUGUCUGUCUGAUCUGGUUUUGAGUCCAGGCCAUGUUUCACCUCUAAGAGCAAUGACAAAUGUCAACCCAGCAGGCACUCACCAAGCUGCUGCCAAAAUGCUAUUUGAUUUUUGUCCUCUAAUUUACAAAGAGAAAAUGUAACUUGGCAUUUUAGCCUAAAGGAAUUAGUAUGAAUUUAAUUAAUUGUGAGUGUGUAGCAUUUAGCAUGCCAGGCAAACCUACAAGGCAAUGUCAAAUAGUAUAUCCAAACCCCCAAGAGCAUAUAGUUUCUCUUCUCUGUGGUCAUAUUGCUUUUAUUAACAUCUCACAAUCAGUGAUUUAGUUUGAAGUAUAGCCAGUUCUCUUACUUUUAGCAUUAAGACCAUCUGCUUCCUGGCUACUGACGCAUGUACCCACUUCAACCCUAAAUGAGUAAUCGGGGGGUAUAUGCGCAAUAUACCCAUUUCCUCCUUUGCCACUACACCACCGCUCAUAAGGUCAGUCCUCCAGAGGAGCAUGUAUCCUUAGAGGGCUCCAGCCAAUGGUGGGCCGAGCCAAGAACUGUUAGAGCAUGUCUACAAGUCUCCAACCCCCUGGGUGCAUAACACUCACCCUAAAAUAGCAGUGAUUGUCAAGGAAAGGAAGUGAAAUGUAAUUGACUGAAAGUGGAGAGAUAAUUAAAGGAACCUGUUGGACAGGAGGGAAGAAAUUAAUGCCUCUCAUUUAAUAGCUGCUUUGGGAGAGAGCUUUUCCGUCAUCUCACUUUGAGCAGAGAGGGUUUCGCUGUGGAAAUGGGAUUUUGUAUGGAAAAAGGUGGAGGUGGAAAUAGGCACUGGGUGGUGGGGGUGCUGUGUGCUAAACUGAAACUCCACAAAAUCACUCCCAAUACUCAGGGCAUCAGGCGCUAUGAUGUCAUGAUUAGUGGAGAGGUUCAGAGCCUUGCCUUACCCCUGAUCCUGAGGGAGGUCGAGCAGAAUCGCACAUAUGAGGUCAGUGCUGUGAGAUCGCAUCCAAUUGCGGGGAGUGCUGAGCCAGCAGAAGGGCUGAUGAACCAUCCAAAUUGUGCUUUGGAUUUAUAGUAUCAUCAUCCAGUUCCGACAAGUAACAAACAAACAAACAAAAAAGAUGCCAUCUUCCACCCAACAAUGCACAGUGAAUAGCUGGAGAUGUGCCGUUAACAUCAUGGCUGACUGUAAUGAAGACAAAGACUUUUUUUAUUCCUUAAUGUAAAUAGCCUACAAAAUACAAAAACAGAGGGAGGUUGUAUAGCAGCUUGUGUUGAGAAGCCCAACUCUGUGGGACAAUGAUGUCACUAUAAAAUGUAUCCACAGCAGUGCAGGGAUCUAGGAGAGUUUUAGUUCUUUGUAAGCCCCUUAAGUUUGGGCUCUGAACAUGCAUCCUACAACCCUAAGCGUCGGACCGAGGCUUAGAGAGUAUUUGACUUAGUGUCAAACCUAAGCCACAGCCCCGAAGUGAUCCGUUAAUUAAGAUUCUGUGUACACCGACAUGUCAUGAUUUUUCUGACAGAAGAAAGAUCGCCUGUGCGGUAAUUGGAUUAGUCCAAUUGGGGCUGAUGAACAGAUAUGACAGUGACAGUAGAGUUCAUCCAUCUGCAUGCUUACCGCUUGACAGUGCGACAAGAGAAAAAAAAAGUCAUCAGCCACCACGACACUUUUUCCAAUUCUUUGGAAGUGAAAGUUUUGGCUUUACAACAUUUAAGGAUGGUAGUUUUACAAAAUGAAACUCCAGGUAACAGUUUGUUCAACACAUGUACAUAAAUCAUUUUGGAAUCAAACAUUUAAUACACAUGGUGGAACCCACGUAUACAUCGUUAGGACCGAGACUGCAGGAAGGGGAGAAACAAGACAGCAAUUAUUGUAGAACCCAGCAGAACCCCCUGCCAGCUUGACCCAAUCUGCCACAGCUCUCCUGACCACACAGCUGCGUUACUCCUGUACAUACAAUAUAGCUUAUUUUUCAAUUCUGUUGAACUUUCUUUAUAGGCCGUACAAUAGAUCAUGUUCAAACAUUUAAAAAAAAAAAUUAAAAGAAUAGUUAAUAUAUUUCAGUGAAACUAAGAGAAGGAACCUAUGAAAUAAUUUAUCAAAAACAGAAGAUGAAAUGAUGUUAUUUCUUGUAUAGUGAAGUAUGUUAAAAAAUGGGAUUUUAUACUCAUGUUGGUAAAUGGUUCUUUAUUUUCCCUCUUUUGUUUUGUUAUUAUCUGCUGAAGCUGGGAUAGACCCAUUGUCAUGAGGUUUAUUCGGAUAUACUUUGAUCAUUUUUCUUUUUCUUGUAUUUCUUUUCUUUUUUUUUUGGCCGCACAAUCCCUGUAUGAAAUCCCUUGUGGAUGGGCAAGCUCAAAGAGAUUUUUUCGCUCACUGAAAGCUCUUAAAUCAAUACGAAAAUUAACAAACUGCACUGUAAAAGGAUGAUUGAUGGUACCGGUCAUGUGGAUUCCGUAAAAUGAGUCCAUUGCACAACUGAGUUCAAAUGAAUCAGCAUUGCAUGUUUAAAAAGAAUCUCAUUUGAGGCCUUUUGUUGUUUUGAGAAAAAAAAGACAAAAAAAAGACAAAAAAAAAAAAAAAUCAAACUUUGCAGUCAGACUGGUUUUGAGACCGAUGCUGUCAUAUCUUGUCUUUAAGCCAUGGAUGGUUUCCUGUAAUGUUCUUCUUCUUGUCUAUUUCUGUCCAAUGUUAUUAUGUUUGUUUGUUCUUUCUUUUGAAGGGUUGGUGGUAAUCAUUGACAUAUCUCUGAUUUGCAUCUUCUCUGUUUUUUACCUAAGGGAAGUUUUUCCAACAGUUUGUUAUCUAAUGUGAUUUCAUCCACUGAAGACAUUGUACCAACCGUAGAUAGCGCCACGUUGCUUUACUCCAGUCAGGUUGAUUUGUUAAUGUGAGGAGGGAAUUCUGCCUUAAACCCAGCCUGUUCUCUCUGACAGUACUACCUGUGAGCAGUGGUCAGACACACUGUAUUCUGGGGAUCCUUUAUUUAACCAGUAAGGUCCCAUUGAGAUAUGAUAUCUCUUCUGCCAGGAAGGGAUGCCAAAUGUUCUAUCUUCAAAGGUAAAGACAAACACUUCGCCACAGUCAGUUUUGCCUCAAGCCCAUUCUGACACAAAUAAGGACGUGGUCAUCCACCUCCAUUUCCAUUGGUUACAAGGACCAAAAUGUAAACAAACUCAGCUAACUGAGCAGUUUGCUCCAAUCAAGCAUUCAAUGAGAGCCUUUAAAGAAUUCACAUUUAGUCAUAGGUGAUUUUGCACCAUGGAUCUUUUUGUAUCAUGAAUCAUUACAUUCCCAGCUUCACUAUCUGAUUUCAUCUUCUUUGUUUGUUCUCAUGCAAAAUUAAUUAAUCAUAAUAUAUUUGGGUAUUUAUAUUCACAAUGAAUGGAAUAACCAUUUCGUUUAUUAUUUGAAUUGAACAAACUGUUUUCUUUUUGUUUGAAACGGAGAUGUAAUUUGAAAUAGCGUUGGCGGCUCGGGUCCGUUUCCCUGAUUCGGGGUGAUAUCUCCCAUAGUGCUCCUGAACUCUGUAGUUCUCUAGUUCAUUAUAUUCUGCUUAGACUAAAAUAAAGCACAGUC